UGGGUUAAUCCAGUUUUGGAUGUGAAAUCAUGUCACUUGUUAAGAUAUUGGCUUGUAACCUAAUUGCUGUUACUAUUUGAAAUGAACGUUCACUUCAUCUGUUCAUUUUAAUGUAAAUGAUAUUUUCAGCCAAAAAUAUCACCACGGAUACCAUGAGAUCUGCAUGGGGAUGAUAUUUGUUUCUUAUUUUCACUCAUCAUCAUCCUCUCAUCAUCGUCAUCAUCUUUGUCAUCCUCAUCCUCAUCAUCUGCGUCUGCAUCAUCAUCUCUCAUCCCCAUGGUAAAUGCACCAACAUCCUAAUCUUUUCACCAGUAUUAUUGUUAUUUUGAGUCAUUUUAAUGACUUUCAAUUGUUCAAUUUUGUUUUUUGUUUUGAUUUAAGUUUCAAUUUUUCCUUCCACUAUCGUUGAAUUGAUUAUUUAUUGUGAUGUUUAAAUUGUUCAUCAAUUUUGUGCCAUCUUCAUUGGAUUAAAACCUCAACCACUUUCAUCAUCAUAAUCAAAGAUUCAAGGUUCGUGGUUCUAACCAAUUGCUCAGGUUUAUAUCGUUUAUCGUGUGUUAAUCAAUGGAUUAAGAUUAUUGCUGAUGAAAAGCUUCCUGGUGGAGCGGAGACUCGAAGGAUGUACAUGGAAACGGUUUCGUCCUUUUCGAAAAAUCUGAACGAUCUAAUAAACGACAUUGUUAUCCAACGAAAAAAACUCGACUCAAGUACUUAUCCUUUCUCGGCAGCAAAUCUUAAUCUUCUCCAUAGGAUUAUCUUCAUCAUCUUCAUCAUUAUCAUCAUUAUCUUGAGAAUUUUUCAUCUUCAGUGUCCUCCUUUCAGUUACUCUUCUCUUCAUCCAAUUUCUGGCUUGUGACACUUUAUUUCUUGUUGUUAUUUUGUUCUCAUCUCGUUUUUUUUUCUGUGCCUUCGAAAAUAUCUUUUGUGAUCUGGUUCAACAAUUAAAAAGAAAGCACAAAGAACUAUGGAUCGAGGUGAGGGAACAAGUUUAUCUCUUAAAGCUAAAUUAAAAGCCUCAGAGAAAUUGGUAACUGAAUUAACACAAGAAAAUCAAGAGAUCAAAAAGGAAGUGAAAAUAUUGGCACAAGAAUUGGAAGAGCUUCAUGAUACCUUUCGAGAAGAUCAAGUCUCUGAAUUUCGAGAUGUUAAACGAGAAUUGGAGGCAACAACCAAGAAUUGCCGAGUUUUACAAUUUAAAUUGAAGAAAUCAGAGAGACUCAAUGAACAAUUGAUGGCCGAUAAAACGGUUCUAGAGAAAAAGAUCAAUGAUCUUUUAGAAACUUCCAAGGUUUCAUUUGAUAAACAGCGAAUGAGAGAUUUGGAGAAUGAGCUUUCGAUCGCCAAAGAGGUUUCGCUUAAACUUCAUUGUGAAAUUAAUGAUGUUAAAAGUGAAAAGAAUCGACUUGAAUCGGCUUUGAAUGAGGCUCGAAAUGGAUCUUCAUCUAUUCAAUCGUCUUCACCAUCAACUCAAGGAACAAGUUCAACAUCAGCUAAAGACUAUGAGGAAGCUGUUCGUAGUUUAUGUGAUACCAUGGAAAGGGAGAAAGAUUUACAGGAACAAUUGAAAUUUGCUGAAGAAGAGAAUAGAACAAUUAGGAAAAAAUUAUCCAAUUUAGAGCAAGAAAAUGAUAUAUUGAUGGCACAAAUUAAGCGAAUGGCAAAUAAACAAAGAUCUGGUGGCUGUAAAGACAAAGGAAACGAAGGUGGUAGAGGUUCAGGUGAUGAUGACAGUGAUGAAUUGAAUGUGGAUGAGAUGAAAUUACAGUUAGAAUUUUAUGAACAAGAGAUUGCAAUUCUGAGGAAGAAAAGUGAUGAGAUUGUUCAAGAGAAUGAUAAUCUAAGUCAAGAAGUUAAAUAUCUACAAGAGAAGUUGGUCUCUCAGCCGUUAACCAAAGUCGAAAUACCCGAGAUUCCGCCGGGUUCACCUCCGAAUGUAAUUUAUGAGCAUAAGAUUCGUAUACUUGAAACCGAAGCCAGAGAAUUGAGGAAGAAACUGGUUGACAGGGAAAAAGAGGUUGACAAUUUGAGGACAGAAGUUGAGGUUCAUCGACGAAAAGCAUCCAAGGUAAUGGUCAGAAGUCGUUCCCUUGAAUCUGAGGCCGCAGUUGAUUUGAAACGACAAUUACAGUUAGUCGAACAAGAAGCUUCCAUUUUAAGACAGAAAAUCAUCACCUUGGAAGGUGAGAAUGAAAAAUUGUCCGGAGAAAAUAAGAGGUUACAGUUGAGAGUAUCUAGAAGACCACCGCCAAGUCCAGUUGACCAAUUGCAGAUCGAAAAUAUUGAAUUGAAAACCAGAAUAUCGGAACUUGAGAAACGAUGUGAUUCCUUUAAAGGUGAACUAGUGGCCUCUAAAUCAUCAACUAAUUUGGCGACAAUCAUUCAAGACUUUAAGAAACCAUUGAAAGAUAUUGCAUCGGCUGAGAAGGACAUUAUCGCUGGACUGAGGAAGCAAAUAACCGCCAAGGAGGACGAAGAGGUUCAAUUGAAGCGUAAAAUCGCAACUCUCGAGACCGAAGUUUCCAAAUUGACAAUGGACAAUCGUAAGGUUAAGGAGCUUCUUAAUUAUAAGAAAACACCAAUGAGAGUAGUUAAAGAAUCAGCGACUCGACUCGAAUUGAAAGAGAUCUGUAGACAAAUGGAAGACGAAAUUAGUAAACUUCAGGUGACACUUAAUUCAAAGGAAAAGAUUAAUGAGAAUCUUGAAGAGGAACUGGCGGAGAUUAAGAAGAGUCUUGAGAUGGCACAGAUCGAAUUACGAUCCAAAGAGAAUAGGUAUUCGUCGACAUUGACACAAUCGGAAGAAUCAUCAGCCCAAUUAACGGACGAACUGGAAAAGGAAAGGGAGAAGGUGAAGAAUCUUGAAGAAAAGUUAGAUUUACUUUCUAAGAAUAAAUCGGAUGUUACAUUUGUGAACAAAGUACAGUCUCUGGAAGGAGAAAAGAAACAAUUACUCAAGAAUAUAUGUAACAUUGAAUCAGAACUUUUGAAAGAAAAGAGUAAAUCAAACGAAUCGAAGGAUAAAUUGUCUACUAUUACCAGAGAGAAAAGAGAAGCUCUUGAAAAUGGAAGAAAAUUGGAAGAGGAAAAGAAAAAGAUUGAAAAAGAAUUGGUUGACGUAAAGAACAAAUUAAAUCAAGUUCAAAAGGAAUUGAAUGGAUUAGUGAAACAAUUAGAAACUAAACAAGAACAAUUUGUUAGAGUGAAAGAUGAAGCUGAUCAGCUAAAAGAACAGCUGGACGAGGAGAGACGAAGUACCAGUUUCACUGUAUCACUAAAACCGAAAGCUACUAAACCAACGAAAGAAUCGAGUGAAUCUGAAGGUCUAAUCAAACAUAUCGCUGAUUUAGAAUCAAAGAACUCGACUUUAGAAAGAGAUUUGGAAAGGUUAAUCAGAGAGACUCGAGCCAAGGAAUCGUCGAUUCGUAAAGAAUUGGACAAGCAAAUUGAUUCUCUAAAUGAAGAGUGUAAACACGCCAAGGAAGAAUUGGAAUCAAUCAAAAGUGAAAAUGUUAACCUUAAAUCGAAGGUCCAUCAACUCAAUCAACAGAUCGAAAAGUUAACGGACGAAGGGAAAGAAUCUUCAGAGAAACAUCGUAAAUUAUUGAUAUCGAGUAAGAAGGAGAAAGAUGAUCUCAUGUCAAGAUUAUCUGAUCAAGAAUCACAAUUAAGAUUGGAACAGAGGAGAAGAGAAAAGGUCGAAAAAGAAAAUGAUUUAAUGCUCAAAAAUAAAGAGGAAAAUCUCCUACAAGCUCGUGAGAGGAUCUAUCGUCUUGAGCGGGAACUUAAACGAAUGGAAAUUCUGUCGGAACAAGAAAGACGAGAUAACGAGAUAAAAAUUUCCAAUUUAAAUCGUGAAGUGGUCAAGGCCAAACAAGAAUAUGACGAUUUAACCUCAAGAUAUGAAGUUCUGGAGCAAGAAUUUGUUUCCAUGAAAUCUAAACUUCUCAAUGAGAAGGACAAUUUAAUGGACACAUUGAACAGUAUUAAGCGUUCAUUUGAGGAUAAAUCGAGUGAACUGAAAGCAUUCAAGGAUUCGAUGAACUCGAAACAAGAGGAUUGGAUCAAAGAGAAGCUUAACUAUCAAGAGAAAUUAUCAGAAUUAGAAUUGAGAAUGAGAAAGGGAACUGAUGGUGAUUCGGAGAGAUCGAAAUUACGAGUCACAUUGAAUGAAAAAGAAAAACAAUUAGACGAAUACAUGAAGAAAGAGAAAGAAUUGAACAAAGAAAAUCAACGACUGAAAGAACAGUUAACUGAACCAAGCGAAUCAGAAUCAAGAAGAGGUUCAACUGGUCUAGUUAAUCGAACCAAAAUAUCGAAGGAGGUUCAAGCCAUGAAAAAUAAGAUGGAUCAUGCGGAGACCUCACAUCGUGGGGAAGUCGCUGCUCUCAGAGCUGAAUACGAGGCUCGAAUGAAGUUGAUGAGAGAUGAAAUAACGCUCUUAUUGAGUGAACGAGACCAAUUAAGAGCAAGAGCUUUUCUUGGUGGUUCGUCCGCUCACAAAGACGAGAUGGAAGACAUGAGAGCUUCGAUGGAAACACUCAGAUCGCACUUGGAACAAGCUUUACUUGAGAAUCGUAACCUCAAGAUUGAACAUGCGGCUGAAAAAUCUUCUUGGCAAAUUCAAUUGGCUGAACUGAAGACUCGUCUCAAUCAGGCUGAUGAACAAAGUCUCAUGGAAAUGAGUCGGGGUUCAACUCGAAAUUAUGCAAAAACUAGAUUGGAAUUGGCCUGGAAAGAGAGACAAGAGAAUCAGAAAUUACUCAAUGAUACUCAGCGAUUAGUUGAAGAUAUGAGAAAACGAGUGAUCGCUUUGGAAAUCGCCAGAGAAAAGGAAAGAACCGAAGCAAGGGAACAAUUGAAAGAGAUGAAAGUUAUCAUGGAUAAAGAGCAAGAAGAUACACAGAAGAGAAUUGGUGAGCUUCAAUUAGAUCUGAUUGACCUUCGGGAUUCUCACGCUCGAAUGAGAUCUCAAAAUGACCGAUUGAAACGUGAACGUUUAGCUCUGGAAAAGGAACGAGAAGAAUACAAGCUAAGAAUGUUCACCGCAAUUUCGAUUGAAAACAAAGUUAAUGAUCUUUGUCACGCUUAUGGGGCGAUAAUGAAAAUGUUACCACCGACUGAUCCAUUAAAUGAAUCUGAGGAGAAAGCGACGAGCAACAACGAUGGAUCGACCACCUCGACAACUGAGACAUCGAGUGCCAUUGGGCUUCAAAGAAGACGAUCCAGAAAGCGACCUAUUGAGGUGAAUAUGGAGGAGCUUAGAAAAGCGUUAGAAGAUUUCAAGACAAAAAUCGACGAACUGAGUAAAAUAACCGUUUUCCGUGAAGGUGAUCCUUUCCACCGAACAAUCUCUUUCCGUCGAGCCAUGUCCUCUUCCGACAUGAAUCCAGAUCUUAAUCCAUAUGCAGUUCGUGGUCUGUCUUCUACCUCAGUUGUUCGAGCUCCCCCUCGACCCAAGGCUCUAGCCAAGAAAAGUUUAUCCCUUGACCAAACGAUGGGUGCCAAUGGGUCACAGGAAAGAAUAUGGGAUUCGGGAGAUGAGAGUUUGAACACUACUCCAGGUUCUAGUAUGACUAACCUUCGAUAUCCGAGUGUGGCCUUUUACGCUCACAGAAAUGGAUGUAGUUCAAUCUCUGGAUAUGAAUCCGAAUCAUCUUAUGGUCCAGAUUCUUCUCGAUGGACGCGAGAAGGAAGCUAUGGAUCUGAUGUGUCCGCUCCGGCAGUGAUCACUUCUAACUCAAGUCGACCAAAGAAAUCGAUCUUUGGAUUACUCAAGAAAACCCACUCCAUUGAUAAUACAGCAACAGGUUCCACAAGUGACGCUGGGCGAGAAAGUCGGGAUAAGAAAGAGUCCAGUCUUAGGUCCAAGAUAUCGAAAACAUUGAAGAAAACUUUAAGCCGAAGCAGUUCAAGUUUAACCAAAGAAUCUAAAGAUUCAACACACGAGAACGAGCCCGUUUCUGGCCUGCGAUCGUUAACAUCCAGAACUGAUGGAGCAUCAGCAUUGCCAUAUCGACGAGCUAAUAGUAGCACUCUUGGUCCAACCGUUAAACCACCAUUGGCACAUGAUGUCUCUUCUACAAGUCGUGGUUUACCUCGUCGCGAGAAUCCAUCGGAAAUAAACAACAUUCGAUCAAGUUUACGAAGUGUCAACUCACUAUCACGAAGUACGAGAGUUUAAUAAACUUAAUUUCGAACUACAAUCAACUAGUCCAAGGAAAAGAUACUAAAAUGUACAAUCACCUUCGAAGUCAUUAAUGGACAAAAAAUCAAAAGAAAUGAGCUCAACCAUCAUAAUCAACUCGAUUCAUAUCAUUGUCAUAAUUAAUCAACUAUUUUCUUCCCAUUGUAAAUUAAUAACUUUCCUAUGAUCAUUCAAAGCUUAAAUCCCAUGAAAGUGCUGAAAAUUUCAUCGUUUUUUUUGUAAAUUUGAUGAAACCAAAUGAAAACCUCUUUAAAUUGUUAUGAUAAAAAAAUGCUUUAAAAUGAUAAACUUUUUUUGUUCAUGUUCAUCACCAAUUCCGUUAAUCACAAUCAUCAUUUAUCAUCAACCGUUUAUCAUGAAAUCUAAUUAAAUCAUUAUCCUUGAUUAUAGUUAAAUCCCAUUUUUCACAAGAAAAAUUUUAUGUUUAUU